CAUAAAUGUUGUAGUGUUUUGGUUCCUGAAGAAGUUUAGAUCUCGAGCACCAAAUUACUAAGACCUUCUAAGGUCAUAUAAGCCUUGGGAAGGUAGGAUAAGGGGACAAGAUCCUCUCGCGGGCGUUGUUUGUUUGUGUCAUCGUCGGACCUCCAUUGUUGUUGUUGUUGGGCCUAUGUUUGGGCCAGACGCUGGACAAUCCUCCCUGCUGGUCCCUCCCUCCCCACCUCCUCAGGGACAAGGUCGAGGAAGGUACUACUACCCCGAAUCGGUAGCGUCUCAGCUCUACCCAGAUAUAGGAACACUGACUGCUGUGCAUGGGCCUGCGAUUUCCAUGCGCUUGGUGCCGUCGACAACCAAUCCAAUGGGGAUGUAUACGUUACGUCAGCUACACUUGAGUCGGGCUAAGCUGAAGGCCUCGAGUCGAACAUCCGCUCUCCUCUCCGGAUUUGCGAUGGUAGCGAUGGUGGAGCUUCAGCUCACGCAAAGUUGCAAUGCGGAACAGAACCCAGAGGCUCACAACUGCAGCAAGGUUCCCGAAGGCCUGUUGGUAGCCUACAGCAUCUGCACGACUCUCCUUGUGGCGGUGCACCUACUGGCUCUCAUGAUCUCCACCUGCGUCCUGCCCCACGUGGAGGCCUUCGCUAGCAUGGCGCACGUCGACUCCAUGACCAGCCUGCACGGCACCACGAACAUCGCCGAGUCGCCUCACCUCACCAUGCACAGAUACAUUGAGGGAGCGUGGAUCAUCUCGACUACGCUGGGCAUCUUGCUGUUCCUUGUGGAGAUCGCCCUCCUCAGCUGGGUCAAGUUCCUGGAUUACUCGCGCAAUGCGGCCAUCUCGUCACUGGUGGUCGUGGUGCCGGUAAUGCUGUUCUUCGUGCUGUUUGCCUUCCACUUCUACUACAAGUUGGUCGCUCACAAGGUCGAGAACGCCGACAGAAACCUAAAGGACAUCGAACAACAGCUGAGAGUGCUGCCACUGAGAACGAACGAGAGUCAGUUGAAUGGAGCCAAUUCUUCCAUUCAGAUAGUGUGAUUGUGUUGCCUUAUUGUGACUGUCUGGAACUUUUUUCUUAGAUUCUUCCAUGAGAGUAGAGUACAGGGUUUCUCAGAAAGAUUGUUACACGCUGCCUUAUGGAUUAUGGUAGAGGUGUUGUAUAGUUGUUUUUUUCUGAUAUGCCCUGUGUAUGACUUGUAAUACUACUAUGUUUCUUGAUAAUCAACAUAUGUGAUAUUUAUAUUUAAAAAAACCUUCCUUCUGAUCGACUACUGUAUAAUUUAUAAGUUAAUAUUUUUUUAUACUUCUAAGUAGGAGAAAAAGUUUAAGGAACCAAUUACUACUGUAUCUAAUUGAUGUUCAGAUCAGAGAGUACAGUACAUUACAGUACAGGGGUCCCCCAAAUUCGCGGGAGUUAGGUUCUCAAAAUGGCCGCGAAUCGGCAAAUCCGCGAAUAACAUUUGCUGACUGG